AUGAGAGAGGCUCAGUAUUGCUUUUGGCUGCUCUGUUCUGCCUUGAGCCUAGUUUUGCCCUUCUCCCGUGCAUGUAGUGCUGCCCAUAGAUUACACAUAACUACAUCUAUUGCUUUUGGCAGGAAGCGAAGCUUUAGUUGUAAUUUUCCAGCUGUGAAAAUGUUGCCUUGUAUUGAAAAGGGUUUCAGGACUGGAAACCUAAGUAAAACCCAGCUCAUUAGUGACAGCUCUGCUUUCCUGCCUUCACCAGCUCCUCUGCCCUCAUCGCAUCCCCCCCACUCCCCCGCACCACCCCCUUGA